CACACACACACACACAGUUAAUAUAUAUGCCAGGAACAAUAAAUCAGACGUUUAAUCAAUCUCACGUGCCAGUGCGCUGUUGACCUUUCGUCUUUGCCACGAGUGUUGCCAUCGCGGCUGCGAAGGAUUCGUUUCAGUUACAGUGUUAUGGUGUUUUACAGCUUUGGUGAUUAAGUAUACGCCAGCGCACCACGCACACACACCCACACACACGCACACAUCUCGCCCAGCGGAAACGGAAGUCAAAAGUUACGCAACGGAAGCUUAAGCUGUUGUUAUUAAGCCAGCCAGUCAGACGGAGGUGCAAGUGUUGCCGAUAAGUUCAACAAAUUUAAUAGCUCAAGUCAAACAGGAUAGAGCCAAGAAAGGGCUGCUCGCUUGCUUGCUUGCUUGUUCCAGAACAAUAUAAUGACGAAAUUCAAGUUGAAAUGUACGAGUGAAAGCACAAUGCAUCAGCGGAAUAAUAAAAAGUGAAUUAUUGCCCUAAUAGCAGCGCACAUUCAGAAGCAGAAGCAAAGGCAGGACUUCUGCGACAACAAUAGACAAACAUAAAUACUACUCUAAUACAAACGACAAACGAUUUAUAAACUGCUCUCAAAAGUAGGCAACACCGAAGCACCAGCAAUAACAACAGUAACAGUAACAACAACAACAGCGACGAUAACAACAGCAACAAAAUGGCGGACAUGGAACGCAUUCGACUCGUGUUACUGGGCGGAGCGGGCGUGGGCAAGAGCUCGAUUCUAAAGCGCUUUCUAUUCAAGUCGUACACGGACAAAUAUCGUGCCACAGUCGAGGAUCUCUACAAUCGUGAAUAUGACCUGGGUGGCGUCACGCUAAAGGUGGACAUUUUGGACACAUCCGGUGACAUGCAAUUCCCCGCCAUGCGACGCCUCUCCAUUGCGACGGCACACGCCUUCAUGCUCGUCUAUGCCACAACAUCCGCGCCCAGCUUUCAGUGUGUUAAGCAGUGCUUCGAGGAGAUUCGCGAGCAGCGUGCCGACUUUCAGGACAUUCCCAUUGUCAUAGCUGGCAACAAAGCGGACUUGGCCAGCUCUCACAGAGAGGUCAGGCAGGAGGAGGUCACAGAUUGGGUAUUCUGCGAAUUGCCACGACUCAGGGCCAAGGUGCUUGAGUGCUCAGCGAAGGAGGACACCAGCGUGACCGAACUGUUCAAGACCCUGCUCUCCCUCUCCCGUUUCCUGCCCGCCAGCAGCAGCAGCGGUGGCACAGGCGGUGCCGGUGGCGAGGCAGCGCCCAGCGGUUUCAAACGACGUUCCUCCGCCUAUGUCAGCGCAUCGUCCAGUCGCAAUAAAAAUCGCAUGAACAGUCCCGCAGUGGGCGGUGAUAAAAAAUCGAAUCUGGUUGAUGCCGUCGAUGUGGCAAGUACCAGUGCAGAAGCCAAAUUAAAGCCACGUUCCAGAUCACUCAUACGACGUGCGUCACGCAAGACCAAACAGCAAAUUAACAACGCAUCCGAUGACUGUAAUUUGCAGUAAAUACAGAUGCCAAACGAUGGUGACAUGAAGCGCAUAAAUGUGUUGGGCAUAAAUACAUGUUAAUAUUAACUAUGAUAAAUAACAAUUAUUAUUAAUAAUAAUAAAGUCAAGUUUAUUGCGCGAGUAAAACAACUGACAAUUUAAAUGAGAUAAUUAUGAGAAUAUAAAUCGAUUAUCGUGAAUUUAAAUAUGUUAUUUUGCUCAAUAUGCAAACUAAGCGAACAAAAAACUAAGUAUGAGUAUUCUAGUUGUUUAUAAUCAAUGUGCGGAAUCGAUAAUAAUUUGUUAGAUUAUUGAUAUCAAAAACAAAAAGCAUUAGGCACAUUAGAAUCUAAUCUCAUCAUUAUUUGCAUGGGACCAGUUUUAUUUGAAGUCAUUUUUAUAACUUCAUCAAAGUCUGUCCUUCUGUUUACUUUUUUUGUGAGAGCAAAUCUUCUGCUUUUAGUUAUUAAGCGUCGUAGAGUAUGUGAGCUUCGGAUUACCGACGAAUCGAUUUUAUAAUGCCAAUUUGAUUUUGCCAUAAAUUUACGUUUCUAUUAGAUAGCAAUUUGUGUAUGUGUGUGUGUGUGUGUGUAUCUGUGAGUGGAAUUUAUAAGAUAUGCGACAGUCUUUGAACAAAGUCGAAAUCAUACAGUUCCUUUGAUGAUAAAAUAAUAGGAGUAACUCGGAUUAUGUGUGCGUGUAGCAUAAGAAUACUAAGUUAAUUAUGUUUUUUAUUUUGAAUACAAUUAUUCAUAAUCAUUUAAUUACGAGCAUGUUGCGAUAGCUUUAAAAAUAGAUUAUUAACAAGUGUAGUCGAGUAAGUUAGAUUGGUGAGAUUGUUUGGUAUACUAGCAUUAUUUAAAUACAAUGUAUUCAAAUCUUAAAAAAAUGUAGUUGUUAAGCAAAAGAACAAAUUAGAAAAAUGCUGAUGGCAGUCUUACAAUUUGAAUGUGGUUGCAAGAUUUGAUUACGUUGCAGGUUGCAAGUUCUUUGGCAACGCGUGCCACUCAAGUCGCUUUGAC